CAAAGAUGGCGGCGGCUAUAGUUCGAGGUCUCGGCUCUACUCUCAGCAGAAACGUUCGCGAAAUCCGCGUUCACCUUUGCCAGAAGUCUGCGGCCAGUCAGGGAGCCAGAGAAUUUGUGGAGCAGCACUAUGUUUCCCUCAAGCGGGCCAACCCCGAAUUUCCCAUCCUGAUCCGGGAAUGCUCCGGCGUGCAGGCCCGAGUGUGGGCGCGAUAUGACCAUGGCAGAGAGCAAAGUGUCUCUGUGGAGAACAUGUCAGCUGAUCAAGUGGCUGUCAGUCUGCAGUCUCUGGUCCAGUCCAAACCUUGAACCUUCCUCCUGGACUGUUGCCCGUCACCGCUCACCUGAGUUGGCUCGUCUUGUAAAUGUGUUGAUGUUAAUAAAGUGAAUAUUAUCAUCUCUGUGUUUGUCUCAGUCCAAACAAGUAACGCAAUAGUUAUUCCUCUUUGGUGACUGUUUUUGAUCAUCAGAUGUGACCGCCAUGGUGGGUGUUGCGCUCCUCUGUACCAUUACUAUUAGUAGCCUUUUUGUUGUGCCAGGUCUAAAGCUGCACUUCCUGAAUUUGAACUUGAAGUGGUCUCCCUGUUCCUUCUUCCCAUGGACCUCCUGGAAUCACGCAUCAAAGAGUUUGAUUUGUGACAGGUGGAUUUCUAGUUUAUCUAUUUUGUGGGAGUGAGCUAAAUGAAGGAUUUUGCAAUUUUAAAGUGUACUUGCUCCUCUUACGAUUUUUGCGUUGUUUUGUGUCAAGAAAUGUUCCUACUGUGCGAAGAAUAAGGGCAGUGAAAUCUAAUUCACCGUUAGCUCCUAGGGAGCCUGCGGUAGUUACACAAAUGACCAUGGGGUGGCA